AUGCCACUGGAAAAAGCUGAAGAAAACUACGGGACAUCAAAACAAUCMAGCGAUGAACAGCAAGAAGAGUUAGAGACGCACGUUGAGGAUAAAGUAGAAAUUCUGAAUAAAAACGAAGAAAAUAAGGGAAUUGUUGAUAUAAUUAAAGAAAAUGUUCAUCAUGACGACAGUGAACUGAAAGAAGAGCAUGUUGAGAGUAUCGUCAGUGRUGAAAACUUGCACGAUUCAUGUGACCUAGAAACAAAUCAUCUAGAAGACCAUUACGAAGAUCAGUCUCCCAGUAGCAGCACCGAGCAUGAAGGACACAUCGAGGAGGAUCAUGGCGGCGAUUAUGUGGCGUCUCAGGACGAAMACUCUAAUAUGUCACCUAAAAAUACUCCCAAUUCAUCAGUCAAUCUCCAUAAUCAAACCGACUUAUUAGCUUGCCAUACCACAUCAAGUUAUCAGGACAGUGACUCGAUAUAUGGUGAAAUCAUUAGURAUGAAACUCUCAACGCAACAUUCAAUUUGGAUAAGACAUAUGUUAAAUCAAAUAAACUUACGACUCCGUUCGCAAUAGCAAGAAACGCAACGUUCAUAUUACAGAGGCAAAGUGUAGACGAUGAGGAUAUUCCUGGAUGCGAUAGUACAAGCACUGCUGAAGAGGAGAAAAUCAACCACAGCUCACAAAAAUCCACUGCACUGUCUCCCCGCUGGUGUGUUGUUGAAGGAACAGUGAAAAACGACCGCGAUGCAUCCUGGAGGUURAUUAAGCUCAAAGGUGGACGUCCAGUUGUACCCAACACCUUUGGAAAGUACAUUCAGUUUGUUCUUGAACCAAGUCAACGUGAUGUUCCUGAAGAWUUUCGUGAUAAUUUCAUCUGCGGAUCGUGUGCUAAGAAAAACGAGAAAGCUUUCUGUGAGAGAAGUGCUUCCAUGAGCUUGAACAGUCGAGCAAGCGAAGGAAUAUCAGGGAAAGACAAAGAGAAUUCCAGCACGCCGUUAACUUCUUUCRAGAGAAACACAGUCCGAGCCUCUAUUAAGCGAAAACGCGUCGAGGAACAGGCGACCUGCCAACAAGAAGAAUCAGAAACCCACAUCAUUAAGAGACAAAAGAAGUCAGGCGCCAACUCGUUCUACAACAGAAAUCCUGCUAGUCCCAUGAUGAGAAAAGCUAGAGGAGAAGCAAUAGAACUACCAAGGAAUCACAAAAAUCCAUGGCGUCCMAAAGUACCAUCGCGUUCAAUAACACCCGUAAACGUCACAGAGGAUGCCUCGUAUGCUGAAAAAGUGGAGGCAAUAAUACAAAAUACUAUCCCUGGGUCUCAAGAAGAACUAARACUUAUUAUGACCCAGAAAAGUCGAGUCCAAAGAUCRCCAACUAAAACAUAA